GAAAAGCGCAAUAUCAUGUGACGUCAUGCAAACUCCCGUUUUCGUAUAUUUCUUGCGGGGCGACAAAAUGGCUGCUGCUGUUUGAGUUCGUUCUCUUUCUCUGCCGUGCCAUCCUUGCAAGCUGCAAGAAGUGCAAAGAUGCCUCUCGCACGCGAUCUCCUUUGCCCGACUGCCAAGUCUGAGCAGCAAAAGCACAAGCUGAAGCGCCUUGUGCAAAGCCCGAACUCAUUCUUCAUGGAUGUUAAGUGCCGAGGAUGCUACAAGAUCACAACCGUCUUUAGCCAUGCUCAAACAGUGGUUGUCUGCAAAAGCUGCUCCACUAUUCUCUGCCAGCCUACUGGUGGACGUGCUCGUUUGAUCGAGGGCUGCUCCUUCCGCAGAAAGCAGCAUUAAACGCUGAAAGUAUGUUUUGCCACCAAUAACACGGCUGUUGAAAAAAGCAAA